GAAAGAUACUCGCGAGAUGGGACGUACAACCUCGCCAUGCAAAGCGAUAUGACCCGCACUAUGUUCGAAGGGUCGGAACCUAUAUCGGACUUACCAACGGAGCCGUUAAUUACUCCCUCGGCACCGGAAAGGCUCGUGGAAGUGUCCGGGAAUGCGGAGCGACCAGAGAGUGCAUCCAAGGAGAAGAAACGGAGAUCCGCGAAAACGCCCACUCGGCGACGCGGGAACAAGGCAGGCUCGCCGGAAGAGGAUGGGAGAGGCCUGCG